CCAUCCUCUUGACAGCAGUGGGCAACUUUGUGAAUUCUUCCGCAGCUCUUUCUGCUUUAAAACUUUUUUUUCCCCUUCCGCCUCGGAGAUGAAAAUUCGUGGACGUGCUGCCGGAUAAUUUUUCCUCAACUUCCAAAAAACAGAACCAAACAAACAAAAAAAAAAAACAACUUCUUACCGAAUAAAACGAGGAAUUUACAUCAUUAGGAUUGCCCUUCUCAACGACUUUUAAUAAAAAAUUUAAAAAAGCGAAUAUAUACGAGGCUGAAGCUGAGUCGCUUUCUCCGCCUCGUCGUCUCAGGCAUGGCUCGGUAAAAUGGACUCGUGCGGAGCUGCGAAGGGAGCGCGCCUCGCUUUGUGGGAUCCCUCCUCUCCGUUAUUCAUGUGGAGGAGUAAAGGCCGGCUGACAGCAGCGGGACUGUGGUGACAAAACUGCGUUUAGUAUUGCGAUUCCCGAGGUUCUCAGAGUGGACAAGGAUGGCCCGGCCCCGGACAGCUGCGUUGCUCCUGGUUUGGGUCUUGACGUGGUUGGGGGAUGCCAAAAGCACGUACCCUCAACGGUAUAGCCUGUACGCUGGGCAGACCCAGUCACCGCAGCACAACGGGGCUAACGGAGCCCGGGCGGCGAGCAGACACAGGAACUGGUGUGCAUACGUGGUGACCAAGACAGUGAGCUGUAUGGUGGAGGAUGGAGUGGAGACCUACGUAAAGCCAGAUUACCACCCCUGUGCCUGGGGUAACCCACAAUGUUCCCGUGUUGUAGCCUACCGUACAUACAUGAGGCCCAGGUACAAAGUGGCCUACAAAAUGGUGACAGAGAUGGAGUGGAAGUGUUGCCAUGGAUACAGUGGAGAUGACUGCAGUGACGGUCCAGUCGGUGGCGGUGGGACCCAGAUUUCUACUGCCAGGCCUCGACCUCGGCCGGGACAGGGUAGCACAGGGCAUGGACAUGGAGUGGGAGACAGUGGGCGUGGGGACAAUGAGAAGAUGAGACAGCUGGAGGACAAGAUCCAGAGCCUGACCAAAGACCUCCAUGACCUACAGUCCACCCUGAGGAACAUGAACGAGCGCUUCCAAGAGGAGAUGAAAAGACCGGGCUUCGGCGGUGCUGGUGGAAAGAAUCCUGCUGACGCGGCCCAGCCAGAGAUUAAGGAGACAAUCCACAGUAUUCAGACCAAGCUGGACCAGCUUGACAACCGUACCCAGGCCCAUGACAAAACCCUGGUCAGCAUCAACAACCACUUGGUGAAUGGGAAAGGAAAUGAACUGGAUGGGGGCCUCUCUGGGGGAGGCAUCAGCGGAGAGAGGUUGAACACCUUGAAGGAGGAGAUCCUGAGGGAACUAGAGAGGAGGGUGUCUCUCUCCUGUUCCUCCUGCCAGGCGGGCGUAGAGCACCUUCGCAGCCAGCAGCAAGAGGAUAGGGAGAGGAUUCGUGCGCUGGAGAAACAGCUGAACGCUAUGGACGCCCGCUACCGACAGGGCUUGGACGGGCUGCGGAGGGAGGUGGUCCAUUCUCAGGGCUGCUGCGACACCGUCAAUGACCUCAAGAAUAGGAUCACCGAUGCCGAGCGCAAGAUCACUUCAACCUCCGAAAGCUACGACAUUAUCCAGAAUCGAUUGGACAAGGAGCUUGGAGGAGGAGGAGGUAACCAUUUCAGCAAUGGAGAUGGCAGAUUUGGGGGCGGUUUCGGCGGUCAAGGUGGAAUUGGCGGUGGCAGGGGGGACACGGUCGUGACGGAGGACAGGCUGGAUGGCCGGCUGAAUGACCUAGAGCGGCGCAUCAAUGGCACUGUCCAGCGGACAGAGGAGAGCUGUUCGUAUCUGGAGAACGACCUGAAGGACUACUUCCACAGAGAACUAGGAGACCUGAGGACGGUGUUCCUGGACCGCUUCGAUGACCAGGCCUUCCGGAUCGGAGAUGUGGAGCUGGAUGUUGGGCUGGUGAAGGACAGAGUGACUGACCACGACAAGAGGCUGUCCCGUCUGGAGAACGCUACAUCUGUCCUGACCAGGAGGGUGGAGGAGUGUGGGUGUGGAGCGACAGGAGGGGGCGUAGGUGGAGGAGUUGGGGAAAAUGGAGGAACAGGUGCAACAGGAGGAAGAGUAACCGGAGGAGGCAAGUGGGGAGCAGGAGGAAAUGGAGGGACAGGCGGGUCUACAGGAAGAGGAAAGGGCAGUACAGGAAGAGGUCUAGCAGGGACAGGAGGAGAGAGGGAUAAUACCACAGAGAAGUCCCUGGAGUGGAGGGUGAUUGCCAACGAGGAUCAGAUCCACCGCUUCAACACGAAACUUAAAGACCUCUCUGUGUCUGGUGACUCUCUGCUCGACAAGGUGGUGGACUUGAGCCAUGAUGUUCGUGAGAUGAGCCAUGAUGUUCGUAAGAUUAAAGCCCUGACGGGGGACAAUGGGGAGCACUUCAACCGCAUAGUCACAGAGAUUGAGAUGCUGGGACAGGACUGUGAUGUAUGUGCCAGGGUGGAGGAUGAGCUAAAGAAACUGAAAAACCAUACGCAGCAUACCUUGGACCACUUCCAGGGCCACAUCAACAUCAUCCGGGGCCGAAUGGACUCUGGCCAAGAUACUUGCUCUCAAGUCUGCUCCAACCUGCAAGAAGAGGUCGGCAAACUCAAGGAGGAUGUAGAGAGGUGUACAGGCCAGUGUAAGAUCAGACUGGACACACCCACAGGCAGUGGUGGUACUGAUGGCACUGGAACUGGCACUGGGCCUGGGACAGGGGGCGACUUGAGUCCUGAGAAGCCGCUGGAUGGCCACAGCGUAAUUGGUGGCACUCUGAACAACAACCAGCUGAAGACGCUGCAGGGCGAGCUCUCAGACAUCAUCCUGACCUUUAGCUCCAUCAACGACACACUGAAGGGCCUUGAACACACCGUGCACAAACAUGGCAGCGUCAUCACUGACCUUGGAAACACCAAGGAUAAGAUCAUCUCAGAGUUGGACAAGAUCCAGCAGGAAGUGAAUGAGCACAUCGAGGACAGCCGCGACCGUUUGGAUGGGGUGGACAGGGACGUGCGUCGGUUCGAGAGCACGCUGGUGGUGGAGAUGGGAGACUGUAAGAGGUCAGGCGACGGACUUGAGAAAAGGCUGUCCAAACUGGAGGGUGUGUGUGGGAGACUGGAUGGUGUGUCUGACUCCCUCCAGAAGAUCAAGGAAGGCUUGAACAAGCAUGUGUCUGGACUGUGGAACUGUGUGAGUGGACUGAACGCCACAGUGAUCACACAUGGGGGACUCAUCGACUACAUCCAGACCAACCAGCUGGAUGGCAUCCAUGGCAAGAUCAAGAGCCUCAACUCCUCAGUCAACCACAUCCUCAAGGAGGUCCACACCCUGACAGAGCAGGACCUGUCCGGACCCCCCGGUGUCCCUGGUCCCCCCGGUCCCCAAGGUGCCCCAGGAGAGAAAGGAUUCAAUGGGCUACCAGGGAUCAAGGGCCCCCCUGGAGCCCAAGGAAGACAGGGAGAGAGUGGACCCAGAGGACCACCAGGUCCCAAAGGUGAAAGAGGUCUACCUGGUGCUGAUGCCCAUGUACCCAAACUGUCGUUCUCUGCUGCCCUCACCAACCCAAUGGAAAGGGCUGGUACUAUCAUCUUUGACAAGAUUUUUGUCAACGAAGGUGACUUCUAUGACCCAAGGACAGGGGUUUUCACUGCUCCUGUGGAUGGGCGUUACUUUUUCAGCGGCAUACUGACGGGUCACAAGAAUGAAAAGAUUGAGGCAGUCCUUUCAAAGUCCAACUACGGCAUGGCCCGCGUGGACUCAGGGGGCUACCAACCUGAGGGCCUAGAGAACAAGCCGGUGGCUGAGGCCAAGACCCCGCCAGGCUCCCUGGCUGUCUUCAACAUCAUCCUGCCUCUCCAGGCUCGGGACACCGUCUGCAUCGACCUGGUGAUGGGCAAAUUGGCCCAUUCAGUGGAGCCCCUCACCAUCUUUAGUGGCAUGCUGCUCUACGAAGACAUGUGAGGGCCAAGAUGUCACCAGCCGGCUGCCAUUCUUCCAGAUUGUCUCCCUGGAAUCAUUG